AUGAAAAUAUUAAUAUUUCGUUUUAUAUUUAUUUGGGCUUAUAUAAUUUUUGUCACAUAUGUUAAUUGUAUAUAUUACAUAAAUUUUAGCAAUAUAUUAUUAUUUAAUAUCCAAAAAAAUAAUAAUUAUUCUCAAUGUUUCCGAAAUGAAUAUAUAGAAGAAUACAACUAUUUUAAAAAACCGAAUUCUAUAUUUUUCAAAACACAAAAUAUAAAUAAUUGUGACAAAAUAAAUAAUUGUGACAAAAUAAAUAAAUUGUUGCCCCCUAAAAACGUUUCAAUAAAUGAUGAUAUAAAAAAUGUCAACUGCAAUUGCAAAAAUAAUAAAUCUUAUUUGACAUGUUAUGAUAUCUUUCACAAUUUUUGUUCAAAAAAAGUCGAAAAAGUAAAAAAAAAAUCGACAAAAUCGGCAAAAAAUAACGUUUGCAAUAAUUACAUAAUAAAUUUAAAUCAAGAAAGCUUUGACCAAAUAUAUAAAUAUGAUACCCAAGAAAUUGAGAGUAUAUUAUAUUUUCUUAAAACUUACACAAAAAUUAUUAGUCAUGAUACAAUAAGGGUAGUGAGGAAUGUUCAUUUUUUCAACCUCUCAUUUUUGGAUCUAAGAAAUUCAAAAGUUUAUAAAAUCGAGCAAGUGCUUAUUAGUAAAAAUGAAAUAGACAAACACAAUCGAAAUUUAUUUUAUUUUUACAACAUAGAAAACGGAAUAAGCGAAGCAAGCAAAACAAAUGGAGAGGCUUGUGAAAACAAUUUUGAGCUAAUUCGUGAAAUAUAUAGCUAUAAUAUAUAUAUUUAUAUAACGAGCAUAUUCAAUAGGGUAUUAUUAAAACCUGUACAUAUAGAUACCAUAAAAAAACAAGAAACCUUUUUAUCUUAUAAUACAGAUAACAACAAUUUAUAUAUCAAUAAUUAUAUAAAUAAUAACAAAAAUUAUAAUAAUCUCAAAAGAGGUGAAAAAUAUGCUUCCAAUAAUAUACAUAUAAAUAAAGGGAAUAAGCUCAUAACUGUUGAAAAAAAUAAUAGCAAAAAUAACCUUACAUUUUGCAAAAAUACAAGAAUAAAAAAUGUUGAUACUUAUGUAAAUUUUGUGAAGAAAUAUUUACAAUAUAAAUUAUAUAAUAAUGAAAAAAAUGUUAAUAAACAUGAAAAAAAAAACAAUCCAUAUAUAGUAACAAAUGGAAAGUUUUUAUUUUUGAAAAAUUAUUAUUACAAUAAUUUUGUUUUGAAAAAAAAUGAAAAAAAUUAUGAUAUCAAGAAUGAUAUAAAAAAAGUGCCUAUUUUUAAAAAGGAAUUAAUCAUAUUUGAUUAUUUAAAAAAAAAUAUAUCCUAUAUUAUCAUUAAUAAAAAUGAACAACAUAAUUACAACUAUUCAAUACCCAUAAAAAAUAAUUUUGUUGAUUUGAAAAAUGUCUAUGUUCAUGAUUUUAAAAGAUUUAGUUAUUUUAACAAAAUAUAUAAAGUUUUGGACAUAAAACAUAGCAAACAAAUAAAAAAUAAACACAGUAAAAAAAAUAGAAAAAAACUAAAAAAAUAUUACAACAUGCAAAAUGAUAACUCUAUAUGUAUAUAUCCACAAUCUAAUGAAUAUGAACAAGAAAAAUCUUUCUUUGAUAAUAAUAACAAUCCUUUUUGCUAUUUUAAAAAUAUUGGUUUAAAUACAUGCACAUUGGAAAAUGAAAAUACUUCACUAAAAACCGAAAUUGUAAUACUAGACAAACAAAUUAAUACACUAGAAAUUAUAGUAAAAAAAGCAAAUAAAACAUACAUGGAUAAUUUUUUAAAAACUAAAAAUAAAAGUAAUACAAAUAUUUUGUCCAUAAACAAAGCUUUCAAUUAUAGAGAAGAAAUCAAAAAAGAUAUGAACACCGUAAGAAAAAAAAAAUAUUUAAGCCCAAAAGAGUAUAAAAAUUAUGAACAAGUCAGCCAAAAGGCGUAUAAAAAUUAUGAACAAAUCAGCCAAAAUGGGUAUAAAAAUUAUGAACAUAACAAUAUUUACCAAAUUAACACAUUCAAUAGUUUAUGGUAUGAAAUAAACAAAUACUUAUAUAUAAUGUACGUAAUAAUUGCAAACAAUAUUAAUAAUUAUAUUUUUCAAUUAAUUGAUGUGUUUAGACAAUAUAAAUUUUAUACUAAUAAUAUAAAAUAUGAACACACACAAAACAUUAUAUCAAAUAGUUAUAAACCAGAAAAAGAAAUUGAUAAACAUUUUAUAUACAACAUUUUAUUUACUAUUUUGAAAGAUAUAGAAUUUGUAAAUUUUUUUAAUACAUCCGAAAAAAAUGAGGAUAAUCAUAAUUUAAAAAAUUUUAAUGUUUGUAAAUUUGAUUAUAUAGAAAAUUUUAAAACAAAUUCAAUAAAUCCAUUUAUUACAAAAAAAAAAAAUAUGAUCUCUAACACUUGUAUUGAUACAAAUUUAACAAUAAAACAAUCAAGAUGUUAUUUUGUCAGUUAUGAAAUGGGAGAUUAUUUUAUUCAAGUAAAUAACAAAACAAAAAUGGAUAAUAAUAAUAAUAAUGAUAAAAUUGAGGAAAUUAUUAUUGAUUCGAUUAUAUCAGAACAUGAAAAAAAAAUUAUUGAAAAUAUGAAAACACAUUUAAAUUAUUCUAUAGAUUUUCCUUUAUAUCUUAAUAAAAUAUAUCCAGAUAUAUAUAACACUGAUUGUAAUAUAUUUAAUAAAUUAAAAUGGGUAUUAAGUAUAUUUUUAAUACCUUCAUGGAUAAUAAUUAUUCUAAUAUAUAUAAUAAUGUCACAAGAAAUUUGGAGACAUGAAUUAUUAAACCCAUUACACAAAUUAUUAUUAUCUCCUUCAAUCAUACGAUUAUCAUCUUUUAUAAUUUUAUUAAUAUUUUGUAAUUUUCAUUGUUAUUAUAUGUAUAAUAAAAUUAUGGAAUAUGCUAUAUUAGCAUUUAUGACACUAAACACAUUAUUCAAUACUUUAUUUUUUGGCAAUCUUUUAUUAAUUAGUAAAGGAUAUAUGAUAACACGAAGAUAUUUCAACAAACAAGAAUGCUUAUUUUUGACAAUAAUAAUUUGUUAUAUAUAUAUAUUAAUAUCAUUUAAUCAAUUAAAUAUUAUAAAUGAUGGAUAUAUGUUAAUUUAUUUGUAUUCCUUUUUAUUAUAUAUGCUUGUUGUAAAUAUAUUUUCUAUUAUAAAUUUUUUAAAUGAAAAAUUGGCAUAUGUAAGAGAUAUAGGAAUGUAUAAUUGGGAACAAUCUCUAUAUACCAAGAUUAAUAUGUAUAAACAUUAUCUUUGUAUUGUUAUCAUAUUUUUUUUAUUUGAAAUUAUUUUGCAUACCCUUAAUAUAACAUUAAGAUUAUUUUCAAGAAACAUUGCUUUAAUUCAAUAUACCAUCGAAUUUGUUAUGUGGGCUUCCGUAUUAUAUAUAUUCAGAUAUCGAGAAGAUGUUUUAUAUUAUUCUAUUUUAUAUGGAAAUACCCCUUUUAAAACUGUACCGUUAUAUAUAUAUAAUUAUAAAGAAGAAUCAUGUAAAAAUCCAGAAUUUGAUAUAGAGACAAAAAAUGAAAAAGAUAAUGCACCUAUAAUUAUUUUAAAUCCACUAGAAUUUCCAAAUCAAAAUUUGUUAUCAUCUUUGGAUGUCGGAUGGAUAGUUAGACAUCACUACCAACGAUUAAACAUUUGA